UUGACAGAUACAGUAUACACAGUAAACAUGUAUUAUAAUACAUGCGACGAUGCAUAUAGUUCACACUGAUAAAGGGCAAAAGGGAUCCGUGAUGCUGCUGCACCCAUCAGUGCAGAUGAUGCUGCUGCUGCUGCUGGGAUCACAAAUAGCGCCAGUGCGCAUGCGCCGUCCGCACCGUUUACUGUAUAAUCACAGUGGGGGAAAAAGAGCAGGCAACAAAACUAAACCUUUUUUACGGCAAAGUGACUGCUGCCAUGUAAAUAACCGCCAGGGAAACAAAGGGGGAAUAUCAACAGGGAUCCUUUUAGGUGUGAUGAGACAAAGGAACAAAGGAUGCCUUAGAAGAGAGGCAGCGAAGAACAAGGCUGGAACCUGCUUCAAAGCACACCAGAUGGAUCUAUCGCUCCACUCUCCAUCCAGAUCAUGAUACUUGGCUAAAGCUUUAAGCGUUCUCUAUGAUCCCUUCUCCAUCUAUGGCGAACUACAGCCAUGCAGGGGACCACAACAUCUUGCAGAAUGUCUCUCCGCUCGCCACUUUUCUUAAACUGACCUCCCUGGGUUUCAUCAUCGGCGUCGGCGUGGUCGGAAACCUCCUGAUCUCCAUCCUGCUGGUCAAAGACAAGAGCCUUCAUCGAGCGCCCUACUAUUUCCUGCUGGACCUCUGCGCUUCGGACAUCCUCCGCUCGGCCAUCUGCUUCCCCUUCGUGUUCACCUCCGUUAAGAAUGGCUCAGCCUGGACGUACGGCACGCUGACUUGCAAAGUAAUCGCCUUCUUGGGCGUGCUCUCCUGUUUCCACACUGCCUUCAUGCUGUUCUGCGUUAGCGUUACGCGGUACCUGGCCAUCGCCCACCACCGCUUUUACACUAAGCGGCUGACCUUCUGGACAUGCCUGGCCGUCAUAUGCAUGGUGUGGACUCUGUCGGUAGCCAUGGCGUUCCCUCCGGUGCUGGACGUGGGCACGUACUCCUUCAUCCGCGAGGAGGACCAGUGCACCUUCCAGCACCGCUCCUUCCGUGCCAAUGACUCGUUGGGCUUCAUGCUGCUCCUUGCACUCAUCCUCCUGGCCACCCAGCUUGUCUACCUCAAGCUCAUCUUUUUCGUCCACGACCGCCGAAAGAUGAAGCCGGUCCAGUUCGUGCCAGCCGUCAGCCAGAACUGGACCUUCCACGGCCCGGGGGCGAGCGGCCAGGCCGCGGCCAACUGGCUGGCUGGCUUCGGCCGGGGCCCCACGCCUCCGACCCUGCUGGGAAUCCGGCAGAACAGCAAUGCGGCGGGCCGCAGGCGUCUGCUGGUGCUGGACGAGUUUAAGACUGAAAAGCGGAUAAGCAGGAUGUUCUACAUCAUUACCUUCUUCUUCCUGAGCCUGUGGGGACCCUACCUGGUAGCCUGCUACUGGAGGGUGUUCGCCCGAGGCCCAGUGAUCCCGGGAGGCUACCUGACAGCGGCCGUGUGGAUGAGCUUCGCCCAAGCAGGAGUCAACCCCUUCAUCUGCAUCUUCUCCAACCGGGAGCUCCGGCGAUGCUUCAGCACCACGCUCCUCUACUGCAGAAAAUCCAGGUUACCGAGGGAACCCUACUGUGUUAUAUGAAGGUUCAGUGGCAUUUUUCGUUUUUCCAAUGUGGUUUUUGUUUGGAUGCCCUGGUUGAUCAGGGAUGUGUUCAAUUGUACAGCUCUCUCCUCCUCCUCCUCCUUCUCCUCUUCCUCUCGCUCCCUUUUCGAGGCCUGUAGUUGAACCGUCUGAAUGGAAUAAGAUGAUGAACGGACAGAGGACACGUCUCACGUUUAUGUUCUAGUAAACAACCAAUGCGAAAGGCCAUUUGAAACCCAAUACGCAAAAAAAAAAAAGAAAAAUUGAAAAAAAAAAAUUGAAAAAAAAAAUUGGAAAAAAAAAUUGAAAGAAAAGAAAAAAUGGAUACAUCAAGAAGGGACUGACCUUUGCUUUGGAUAUCUACAAGACUCUGGAAAGGGUGUAAAAGAAAUCAAACUGUUAAGGAAUCACUGGAAUUUGUGUCUAAAAAGUUGCACUAACGAGAAGACCCGAAGAUGCUUUUUUCGCUCAGUUGCAUUGCAAGGAUGUCUUGUUUUUCCCAAACUGAAAUACGAAUGCUUUAAUCUGCAACAGACUUCUCUUUCACUGUAAGUAAACAAAACAUGUGGGGUGACUAACUCUGUUGGAAUACACCUUCACGAGAGGAUAAAUUGGUUUAAAUGUAAGUGAUAUCUUUUUUCCUUUUAGGGUUGGGUUGGGGCGGGCUGGUGGGCGGGUCUUAAGGGGGCGGGUCCUGUCGUGUGGUUUUCGAAUUGCAACUUAAAUUAUUUCCUGUAGUUUUAUGAUCCAUAUGGUAUGUCUCUGUUGUCUGGCAAUGUUAUUUUCUUAUCUCAUUUUUCUAAGUCUAAAAACAAAUGUUUGAAUUUUAAAACGUUGCUCUUGAGAACCUUGUACUUAAACUGACAGUGGAGAACCAGUUAAGCUAAGUUCAGUGUGGCAUUUCCAUGUACCCGAACACGCAAAUAUUGUUACAGAUACCACUCCAGCUGUUCUUGCCUUAAUGGUUCUGGUGUUUUGUUCAUGUUUUCAUUUGCAAGGUGAGGGUUGUUUUCUAAAUCGGCUCCUCUAAAAUGUCUCCUCGAGGCAUAUUGGGAGGCUUUUCACAUCAGGGUGAAGUGCAUUUUGAUUUGAAAAACACUAUUCACCACCAUCACAGGCACAGACUGUGCACCGACAGCCCAUUUCUUACCCUGUAACGUUUGCUACACCCCACCGAGUGCGCAGAGCACAGGGAGCAUGUGUGCGUGAGUGUGCGCGUGUGUGCGUGCUAGGCGAACAGCUGUCAUGUCAAGACCAGAGCCUUAGUCUGAAAUCUUGCACAAUUUGUAAAAAAUGUAAUAGGAAAAACAAAAAACAUUGUAUUUAAGGCACAGAGUCUUGUUUCUACUUUCCCAACAUUUGCUCUCUACUAAUUGUUUUGAUUAACUUACUUUUUCUCUUGUGGCCAUUUUAAUAUUUAUUCUGUAUUCUUUUUGUAUAUUAUAGGUAGAUAGUGUGUAAGUUUGUGAGUCUUUCAUUUUGAAGUCCCGAAUGUGAGUACUGUUUAAGUUAGGACUGCAAUUGCUGAAAGUUAACUGUGUAAUCUGUUGCUUACAUUUUUGAAAAUAAAAUUUUACAUUUUGCAAAA